UCUGUCGAUGUCUUGAGGGUUGUACGCAACUUAAACCAUUUGGCUAAUUUUCAAAGCCAGUUCCGACCGUAGAGGAAAUUCACGUUACCUUUACAAACCGCGGAGACGACGGUGAAACUGCUUUAGUAGGAUCGGGAUGCAGCCUGACGAUAUUUUCUAUUUAGUUCGAAUAUUUGCCGUGUAAAACCGGGUAGCAACGGGAGUGCUUCCUCUUUCAAAAUGGCAAAUCAUGGCUUGCUUGCCGAAGCUUACAAAACACGGAAAUUAUGAUUUCGACAAAGAAUGCAUGUUAUGACUGUUUAUCGAAAUAAUGUCUGCUCUAGUUAGCGUACUGGACAGGGUUUGAAAGGGAAAUAGUGUUCCCCGUUGUAUGCCAGUUGUGGAAUUUCGACGUGUGGCCGGAAUAUUCGUCAAGUUAAGCCUACCCGACACUUUUAUCCGACAGGCGGACCGAUUUGGGUGUGGAGCCUCUCCUGCCUGAGUCGGGGAUAGUUGCAGACAUCGACAUUGAGAACAUCCUCUCCUCGAACUCGGAUACUUUCUACCAGCUGAAGAGCCAGCCCAUCAGUCUCAGCCCUGCGGACGCGUCGGCCGAGCCCUCCCCCUCCCCCUCGGGCGGCGCAGUCAUGACGUCGCGCGUGCUGCUGCGGCAGCAGCUGAUGAGGGAGCAGGCGCGGGACCAGGAGCGGCGUGAGGCACAGCAGCAGGCCUCCUCCGCCCAGCUCCGGGCCGCCGACUCCUCCCCCGCCAUCUCCGUCUCCGCCCCGCCCAGCGCGGCCCGCCCGCCCCCCGCGCAGGUGCCCGUGGAGGUGCUCAAGGUGCAGACCCACCUUGAGAAUCCCACCAAGUACCACAUCCAGCAGGCCCAGAGGCAGCAGGUGAAGCGGUACCUGUCCACCACCCUCGGGAAUAAGGUGGCCAAUCAGACGCUAGGGGCUUCCCCCUCACCUCAGUCUGGCUCCGCCCCUGAGCUGACCCCUGCCGCCAGUAGCACCCCGAGCAGUCCUAUGGCCCUGCUCAAUUUGGGCAACAAAGAGGAGAUUGAUGACGUCAUCGAUGACAUCAUUAGCCUGGAGUCUAGUUUCAACGAUGACAUCAUGACAUUGAUCGACUCUGGCCUACAGCUGCCUAACACGCUGCCGGUGUCUGGGAACCUCCUGGAUGUGUACAGCAGUCCAGGGAUGGCGGCUCCUACCAUCACCGUCAGCAACUCCUGCCCUGCUGACUUGCCCAAUGUUAAGAGAGAGAUGACUGAUGCAGAGGCCAAAGCGCUUUUGAAGGAGCGGCAGAAGAAGGACAACCACAACCUCAUUGAGAGGAGGAGGAGGUUUAACAUCAACGAUCGUAUCAAGGAGCUGGGGGCUCUCAUUCCCAAAUCCAGCGACCCGGAGAUGCGCUGGAAUAAGGGCACGAUCCUGAAGGCGUCUGUGGACUACAUCCGCAAGCUGCAGAAGGAGCAGCAGAGAGCCAAGGAGAUGGAGACUCGGCAGAAGAAGCUGGAGCACGCCAACCGGAGUCUGCUGCUCCGCAUCCAGGAGCUGGAGAUGCAGGCUCGACUCCACGGCAUCGCCACGCCCGCCGCGUCCACCCUGGGCCCCGAGCUGGACCUCCUCCAGCAGCAGCAGCAGCAGCAGCAGCAGCAGCAGGCCGGCCAGCAGCUGGAGCCUAGCUCGGGGGAGGUCCUCUCCCAGACCCUGCUCAGUCUGGGAGGGGCAGGGCUGGGAGGCGGGGCCGCCCCACAGUCCGCCUCCUCCUCCUUCCUGUCCCCGCCCACCUCCGCCUCCCCAGGAGGCGUGGCCAUGAACAGCCCCCUGGACCUCGGCGCUCUGAGCUUCGCCGAGCUGGACGACCCCUCCUCCACCGCCUUCAACCCCGCCCUGAUGUCGGACAUGGGUCUGGGAGACAUCCUCAUGGACGAGGGGUGCGCCCUGUCCCCCGUCGGGGGCGGGGACCCCCUCCUGUCCUCCGUCUCGCCUGGGGCGUCCAAGACCAGCAGCCGGCGGAGCAGCUUCAGCAUGGAGGAGGACUUGUGACGUGGCCGCAGAGGCAGAGAGAAGCACAGCGGCGUGGCCAUUCCCUGGGGGGGGGGGGGAUGGGGGGGUAAAGAGCCACAACCUCCCUCUGCAUUUUCACUCCCUGUAAAUACGCCCCCGUUAGUCGAACAAAAUCACGAUUGAAACAAAAAGCAGGGACCUCCCCCUCUCCCCUGUAGUCCAUUCCUCUUGUAGAUCAACAGCUCAUUUUACCCCAUUACCCUCGGCUGUCAGGAGGCUCAUUCCUCCUCUCAGCCAGGGCCAGAUCUCUCAGCUCUCCGCAGUUAAGAAAAACAAGAUUCUUUCAGCACUGAGAAAAAGUCGUGACUCCAGUUCUCCUCAGCUUCCGUUAAAGCUUCCAGUCAAAGGCUUCAGCCGUCAGAGAUUUCUGACAAUUAAACGAAAGCGCUGCGGACUGAAAUGCAGAAAGUGUUGUGGCUCUUGUUGACUUUGGGGGUUUCAUCUAAGGAGGUUUUGUGCUAUACAGUAGAAAAGAAAGAAAAUGUGGCAGAAAUACUAGAUUUUUUUGAGACUCUGUUCUAGGUUUAUAACUGCUUCUCUGUUGUAUUUUAUUUUGUUUUACUGUAUAUACAGUACAGUUAUUGGGAUGGUAAUAAGCACUCUAAUCCUGGAGGGAAGACAGACUGCAGCCUGUGUGUUCCAGUCUGUGUGUUUCAGUUUUGUUUCAGAGAAACGAAAACCUACAAAAGAAGAUCAGUGCUUAGAAAGCCAGCAACAUUUUAUUUUCAUUUUAAUACUCAGACCUGUUUUGUAUGUAAUUAUAUGCAUGAAUGUACAUCUGAUUUAAAGGAUCGUAGCCUAUUGAUUACAAAAGGGAUAGUAUUGUUUUUUGGCGAGCAGGUAAUCUGCGCUGUCAUUGGUGGACGUCGUUUGCCAGAGCCUGUAUCAACAUGUUCAGGAAAAGAAACUGACAGGCCUAACGCUUUUUCAGCACACCGUUUGCAAACGUUCGUUUACGAUCGGCUCCAGUAAUGGAAGAGGUUUGCCGUGUAGUCAAACACACGCCAUACUCCCAGUCCCCCCCCCGUUGCAUGACAGAGGACACUGCAGCAGUUUACAGUCUGGUUUGGGAAAACCACACCCACCGGGUGUGUUCACCUGAUGACACUGACCUCGGUUUGUGGAGGGGUGAGGCCGGUGGCGCUCGGCGUUCCUGCCCAGGUCAGCUUUGAUGGGGUGUGGUCAGGGGUUGGAGCAGGCGGAGAUUCAGAGGAGCUGCUAGCUCAGUCUGCCGUUCCCCAGGGCUCCUGUGUGGCUCCUCUCAGAAUGCUGUAUGCUUUCCCUGCGUAAUGGCUGAUAUGAAAUCUCCAAAUCAGACAGCCUCUGUCGCUGUUUUUCCUCCAGCUUUUCUUCAGAGAAAUUUGCCAGAGAAGCCUGAUAUUGAUAUUUAGUGAUGCAUAUAUAAUGUAUGCAUAAAGUUGUAUCAGACUGAAUGCUUGUUCACAAGAUGUGUCUGACUCAAACUCUGAUCCCCUUGGUCUCCUCCUUGCCACCCGCCUCAUGGCUAUGUCCUUGUACCUCUUCUCUGUGCUAGUAUCUUUUCCACAGAAAAAUUGGACUUGAUUAAGAGUUAUUAAGCAAUAAGUUAAAAAGGCUUUGUUCACUAUGAGAGUGAUUUUUUUUUUUUGGAGGGUGUAUGUGUGAAAUCUAGACUGCAGAGGUUUCCAGAACCGGUAGACAGUGGUGUGAAAUUGUUUUUUCCCUCUUUAAUAUGCAAAUUCCCAUAUCCGCCCAACAAAAUGCAUUUGUACCAGUGCCCAGCAUCAGAACCAUACGCUUUGUAUUAUUUAUCAUAGUCAUUUGAUAUUAUAAUUAGUUUUCCAUGAAGUCUCACCUUCAUAGGUGCGCCUCUCGCUUAUUAGCAUGCAUUUGACUUCAUCCAUUUUUGAUCGUUUCCAAAGCUGAGUUUCACAGUUGUCAUGCAUUUGAGUUGGAGACAAACAAAAAAGACUGGCUACGAAUGGCCUCACCAGUCCCAUCCCCAUGCCAUGUGCAGACCACUGAGACUGCUUUGCCGUAGUGUGCCAUUUCCCCAGGGACAUUUGGGAUGGCUGCUGCCAUUCUCUUAGAAUGGAAGAAAUUUUUUCCAAUAUGGUUUCCAUUCAGUCGAUCAGAAUUUUGCGGCCAGUUUCCUAUGAACAUUAAAGUUAGUUUUUGCUUGUGAAAUGUCAGUUGUAUGAGACCCACUGUGUUAAUAGUAGGGAAUAGUAGGAACAGGACUCCCCCCCCACUUUGUUUCAUGCUGAAACUGUGCUUGUCCCCAUGAACUCAGUGCAGACUGAAUAAGAACACUGGCAUCAGCUUGGUCACAUUGCAGUAAUCUCUGUUUCACUAAACCCGCAUUAGUCUAUGUGAACUUCAUUACAUUCAGAUGCUAAUGAACCAUUCCAUUGUUUUUUUUUUUUUUUUUUAACCUCACCAUUUUGCUGGUAUAAUCGUGUCUAAGAAGCAUUCGAGGAAGUGAGAGAGAAAAGGAGGAAACUGUGCUAUCUGUAAUUUGUUUUAAAGGGGCACGCCACCAAAAAAUUUAAAAAUCACAGUUAUUGCUUACCUUCAAACGACUGUUUCAUCUAAUAACAAACUGUGCAUGGACUGUUUGCACAUUCAGUGAGUGAUUAAAUGUAAAAUACAGUAAAGCUGUGCUGCUGAGAAAGUGCACACUACUAAGUACAUGCUUUGCAGUCAGAUGUGAAAAUAAGCCAAAGCUCCAAUUCUCUACUGACGGAGGGCUAUACAGAACUUGUCUCCAAGUUGACCGCUUACACUUUGACUUGGCUCAGGGUUUGGGGACAAGAAAUAAGGAGCAAAUUAUGGUGAAGUGCCCUUUUAAAAUUCAAAGAACAAGGUCAUGUUGUCUGGAUGGUUUUUACGUUGUAAUUGUAUGUCAUUGAUGAUGCGGUGAAAUUACCAAGUUAGUUGUUGUAAAAUGAAUAAUGGCAGUUUAUGUGUGAACUCUUUCGUAAUCUGUAGCCAAAGCAGCGCCUUUCCACUCAUCCGUGUUGUGCAGUCAGCUGUCUGCCCAAUAGCAGCAAGCGAAAUUCUGCAGGGUGCACCGUUAUUGUUUGAGUGUUUUACUGCGGUGGGCACAGUAGUAGAAUUACAUUGGGCGAAGAAUCGGCAUGUCAGUGCAGUUAAAUGUUGGAGAUCAUUUGGCCUCGUAAGUGUGAACAUGCGUUGGCUGUAGCUACAACCAAAAACCUCCCAUGGAAACUCCCCUAGUGAGCUUUGCUGAGCUUGGAUGUCUCCUAGUUUGCAGAGAGAACCAGAAGUCUACCCAAAAUAGCAUCAGAUAUUCAGAAGGGCUUGAAGUUGAGGGAUUUUUCCUGGCAAUGGAAAUCCUCCAUUUCACUUCUAAACUUGUUUUUAUUUUUGCAAAAAUAAAAUUGUUUUCCUGUCAAAUGUUCAUAUGAGAGCAAUACAUAAGGAGGAGGAGAGUAGUGUGGGUUAUGUAGCCAGUUCCUAUAUUUCGACACUUUGAGAAUGACGCUAUCAUCAGCAGUACCACCAGGGCGUUAGAGUUAGGCGUAUCUCAAUUCAAAAAAAGGAAAAAGACAAAAAUUACCAAUCAGUGU